UCAUGGACGGAUUUAUAUAUUCACUCCCUCCCCUGAAAAGUCCCCGAUAUAGUAGUUGAGAUUCAAUCACUUUUAUCUUUCGCAGCUCCAACGUGAAACUCCCCAAGCUCACAAAAAGAAAGACUCGAACUUUACACUGAAAACUGCCAGCAUAAAGGAGUAGUAAGCCUCAACUGCGUCUGAUUCAACCAAUUGAACUUCCCCUAUGGCUUCUUCCACAGCCUCCAACUUCUUGGGUACUCAAAUCUUCCUCUCACCUCCGACCCCAAAAACAACUAAAUCUUUGCCCAGAAAAUUUCUAGUUCCCCAAUCAAUCCUUGGAGGGAAAAAAUCCAAUAGUAUUUCACAAUCCUUGAAGGAUAUUCCAUCAAAAGCCACACUAGCUGCUCUACUAUUUUCCUCAAUCAACCCACGAGCUUUAGCCGUGGAUAACACUGCCCCGCCAACUCCGCCUCCGGUAAUUCAAGCCGAAGCCCCACAACCCAGUCCUUCAAACCCAUCUCCCUUUUCCCAAAAUCUGAUCUUGAAUGCCCCAAAGCCCCAAGCUCAGCCCUCCACUGACCUCCCAGAGGGGUCCCAGUGGCGGUACAGUGAAUUCUUGAAUGCUGUCAAGAAGGGUAAAGUGGAGAGGGUAAGGUUCAGCAAAGACGGUAGUGCCCUUCAGCUCACCGCCGUGGAUGGCCGCAGAGCUACCGUAAUUGUGCCUAAUGACCCCGACUUGAUUGACAUUUUGGCAAUGAACGGAGUUGACAUUUCAGUUUCUGAGGGUGAUUCUGGCAAUGGUCUGUUUAAUUUUAUUGGGAAUUUGAUUUUCCCAUUUCUCGCUUUUGCUGGCUUGUUCUUCCUUUUCCGGCGGGCUCAGGGAGGACCCGGUGGGCCUGGUGGUCUCGGCGGGCCUAUGGAUUUCGGCAGGUCCAAGUCAAAGUUUCAGGAGGUUCCUGAGACGGGUGUGACCUUUGCUGAUGUUGCUGGAGCUGAUCAGGCAAAACUGGAGUUGCAAGAAGUAGUUGAUUUCUUGAAAAAUCCUGAUAAGUACACUGCUCUAGGUGCUAAGAUUCCCAAAGGGUGUCUUUUGGUUGGACCACCUGGUACAGGGAAGACCCUUUUGGCUAGAGCUGUUGCUGGCGAGGCUGGCGUGCCGUUCUUUUCCUGUGCUGCUUCUGAAUUCGUGGAGUUGUUUGUGGGUGUUGGAGCUUCCAGAGUGAGGGAUUUGUUUGAGAAAGCCAAGUCUAAGGCUCCUUGCAUUGUGUUUAUUGAUGAGAUUGAUGCUGUUGGAAGGCAGAGAGGAGCAGGGCUUGGUGGGGGAAAUGAUGAGAGAGAACAGACCAUUAAUCAGCUGUUGACUGAAAUGGAUGGGUUUUCAGGGAACUCGGGUGUUAUAGUUUUAGCAGCAACUAACAGGCCGGAUGUUCUUGACUCUGCAUUAUUGAGGCCUGGAAGGUUUGAUCGCCAGGUUACAGUGGACAGACCUGAUGUCGCUGGCAGAGUCAAGAUUCUUCAGGUGCAUUCCAGAGGAAAGGCUCUUGCCAAGGAUGUGGACUUCGAAAAGAUUGCCAGAAGAACACCAGGAUUCACUGGUGCUGAUUUGCAGAAUUUGAUGAAUGAAGCAGCCAUUCUUGCUGCCAGGCGUGACCUCAAGGAAAUCAGCAAGGAUGAGAUUUCUGAUGCUUUGGAGAGAAUAAUUGCUGGCCCAGAGAAGAAAAAUGCUGUUGUCUCAGAUGAGAAGAAGAAGCUGGUUGCUUAUCAUGAGGCUGGCCAUGCUUUAGUUGGUGCACUAAUGCCAGAGUAUGACCCUGUUGCCAAAAUUUCAAUCAUUCCUCGUGGCCAAGCUGGUGGUCUUACAUUUUUUGCUCCAAGUGAAGAGAGGCUAGAGUCAGGACUAUACAGCAGAAGCUACCUGGAGAAUCAGAUGGCAGUUGCCCUUGGUGGAAGGGUCGCUGAAGAGGUUAUCUUUGGAACCGAAAAUGUCACAACGGGUGCGUCAAAUGACUUCAUGCAAGUUUCACGGGUGGCAAGACAGAUGGUUGAAAGAUUUGGUUUCAGCAAAAAGAUUGGACAAGUUGCAAUAGGUGGACCUGGUGGCAAUCCCUUCCUUGGUCAGCAGAUGUCUUCCCAGAAAGACUACUCUAUGGCUACUGCCGAUGUGGUGGAUUCAGAAGUUAGAGAGCUCGUAGAGAAGGCAUAUUCCAGGGCCAAAGAAAUAAUGACCACACACAUUGACAUUCUGCACAAGCUCGCUCAACUGCUCAUAGAAAAAGAAACAGUUGAUGGAGAAGAGUUCCUGAGCCUAUUCAUUGAUGGCAAGGCUGAACUAUACGUUGCAUAAUUUAACUCUGAAGGCCCAAGCUCUGUUGUAUUACAACUAUACACAUUGAGAAAUUAUCAAUUACUCUGACUAAAAUUUUUUUGAGCAUA